AUGGAUACAGAAAUAAUCAUAAAAGGAGCGAUUUUGGUACUAACCUUGGUUAUAGUUUGGGCGACUAAGAAUAUCGCUAACAAACGCUUAACCAAAUACCGAACCAAACACCGAGCCAAGCUCCAAACCCAGGGUCAGCUAAUCCAAGCCGCUCGUCUCAUCGCUCGAGCUCGAACCACAACCACAAAAUCCCAAUCUCAAUCUCUAGCCAAAACGGCGCUACUCGAAGCCGACGAUUUGAUCGCGAUUUCACCGAACGAUGCAGCCGGUCACAUCGUUCGUGCCUUAGCUCUAGAUCUGUUAGGUCACCAAACCGCCGCUCUUAAAUCGUUCGAUACGGCGCUGACUUAUCCGCGGCUGAAGUCUCUUUCGGUUGGGGAACGAGCCGAUGCGCUUGUGAAGAGAGCUGAGAUGAAGUUGGCUGUGAAUCGGCGACGGAGGAUUGAUUCUGCGAUCGAAGAUCUGGAAGAGGCGGCGAGGCUUGCCGCCGGUAGAGAAACGGCGAGGUUAUUCCGUCUAUUGGGUGAGUGCUAUGUGUCCAAGGGCUUGGAAGAGAAGGCCCGUUGGGCUUUUAAUGAAGGCGUUAAAGCCCAACAGAGUUCUGCAACGGCUCGUGAUGGAUGA